AUGUCUUACAACCCGCCCCAACAGCCUUUGUAUCCACCCUACGGUCAGGGGACUCAGGGCCAACCUUUCCAGGCUCAGGGAUUCCAGCAGCAACCUCAGUCUCUAUAUGGACAACAGCCACCGCAGCAAUAUCCUGCUCCUCAGUCUGGCGCCUACAUUCCUAGUCCAGGUGCCCCGCAGCAAGGCUCCCAGCAGUACCCUCAGCCUCAAUAUGGGCAACAACCGCAGCAACAGUAUCCUGCUCCCCAGUCUGGUGGCUAUAUUCCUAGUCAAGGUGGCCCGCAACAGGGCUACCCCCAGCCUCUACAUGCCCCUUAUGGGCAGCAGCCAAAUGCUGUGCAAGGCCAUUAUCCCCAGUCUAUGCCUAACCAAGUCCCUAAUGCACAUGCAACAGGGUCAAUGCCGGUAUCAAGUGCUCCCAGUUAUGCUCCACAAUACGCACAUCCACAGCAGACACAAUUGCCGUCCCUGGGCUAUGACCCACAUGCUGUCGCAAUGGGCGAUUACACACGAGAAGCAGACUCCUUGCGCAGAGCCAUGAAGGGUUUCGGCACGGACGAUAAGACGCUAAUAAUGGUCCUCGCUCCCCUGGAUCCGCUGCAAAUGGCUGCUGUGCGCGCAGCAUAUUCGAAAGGACAUAGACGUGACCUUCACAAGGACAUUGAGUCCGAGACGACCGGUCACUUUGAAGAAGGCCUACUAGCUAUCGUAGACGGCCCUCUACGAUAUGACGCCGAUAGUGCACGCGAGGCGGUCAAGGGUCUCGGCACCAAAGAGUGGCUAUUGAACGAUGUGCUCCUGGGCCGGAGUAACGCAGAUAUUCAUGCGAUCAAGACUGCAUAUGAGCACAGCUUCCAUCGUUCCCUUGUGCAGGAUGUCAAAGACGAUCUAUCGAUGAAGACGGCUGAUCUUUUCACGGCUGUCUUGCGGGGAGCCAGGCAAGACGAAUAUGUUCCUAUCAAUCACCAAAACAUCGAGUCUAGUGCUCGCGCCAUACACGAAACUACGGCUGGUCGUGUUGUUAACGAUGCUACCGAAGUCUGCGCGAUCUUUGCCCGCUCGUCGGAUGCAGAACUGCGGGCUAUCACCCACGCUUUUCAAGAACGCUACCAUCUUUCUCUUGAGAAGCAUCUCAAGGAGUGCUUUUCGGGACACCUGGAAGAUGCUCUAGUCCACAUACUCCGCAGCGCAAAUGACCCGGUGAUGCGCGAUGCUUGUCUGAUUAAUUCCUGUAUUGGUUCCGCAGAUGAGCUCCUGGUUAGCCGUAUUGUUCGUCUACAUUGGAACCGUCCUCAUAUGAACCAGGUUAAGCUCGCGUAUCGCCAUAGAUUUGGGAAAGAUCUUGUUUCUCGCAUCCGGAACGAGGUUGACGGCGAUUGUGGGCGUCUGCUUGUUGCUUUGCUCGAGUAG